AUGCGCGUACUCAUCACUGGCGCCGCCGGGUUCAUCGUCGAUGAGGCGACAAAGGUAGUGCCGGAGAGUCUUGAUGCUGCCAUACUUAUCCAUGGGAUCAUGAGUUCCGGCGCAGAGGCAAACUUCGAACUGGGUUAUCGCGUCAAUGUUGAUGCAACACGCUCAGUUUUGAAUCUUCUUGCCAAGAGAUGCCCCGGCGUUCGCGUUCUCUACGCAUCGAGUGAAGCCGUGUAUGGCAGACCGGUCCCCGCGAAAAAUGUCACGGAAGACGAUAUUCCGAGUCCGGAAAUGUCCUACGGUUGCCAGAAGGUCAUAUGCGAGACCCUCAUCAACGACUACACCCGUAGGAGCAUGAUCAAUGGCUUUGCCCUCCGGUUUCCUACCAUCUCCGUCCGACCGGGCCCUCCCAGCGCAGCAGUGUCAAGCUUUCUUUCGGGGGUAAUUCGAGAGCCACUCAAUGGCCAGAAGUGCACCAUCCCUUUGCAAGAUUGA